AUUUACAUAGUGAGGUGACAAGUGUGUAUAGAAAUUUGGGACGAUUAGUCAUAGUGAGUGUCGCGUCGCAGUGCAACUUUGGUCCAGAUCAAUUCAUCACAAAAUUAAUUUGUUAGUCGGUUGCCGACCGCACCAUAACAAAAUAGCAUGUUUAGAAGAAUGUGUCGGUCUCUCCUCGAGCCCAUGCGACCGUUCUCGCAGUCCGUCCGCAACCGCGAUACCUUGCGCUUCACGUAAAUUGCAUGCUCGUCCUCAUGGUUCUCGUGCAUGGUAAGCGCGGCCUGGGACCUGGAUUUCACCAUUUCUUCAACUUCGCUGUAUUCCUUAUCGUCGCUGCGCUCCUCGACUCGCUCAACCCCGCAGCAGCAGCAGACCCUUGGUGGCAGAACUUGUGCACCGCAAAGCUACGCCACGGCAGGAGCGCCGACACCGCUGAAUCCCUCGUCCACCACCAGCUCAAGAUCUUCAUGUCUAGGCUCCAGCAUGACGUGAAAAAAGUCAACCAGCUCUACAAUGUCAACAAGAGCAAAGCCAAAGCCAUGCCCGUGUCCAAGCUCUCGUGGCUCAAGAUCAAGAAGAUGAUCGGGGACAUCACGAAGGCCAAACGGCGCUCGAAAAAUGAAGGCUUCAAGCAGUUUCACGAGUCUCUGCAGUACUUCGCUGCUACGUUGGAGGCUCUACGAAACGCGAAAAUCAACCAGACGAUCGUCACCGGUUUCCACGAAGAGAAACGCGACGAGAUCUUUAAGGAUGUUGCGGAUCAGAUGAAGGGUCUGUUAUGUGAAGUUGAGUGCGCGAUACGCGACGAUAGUAAUAAUAAUAACAAAGAACUUAAAAUGGUUCCGUUCAGUAAAAUUAAGUUUAAUACGCUAGAUCUGACGAGCGCUCAGAUGACAGAUAUAAAUUUUUUCAAAAGGACUAUUAUGUUUUUCAAGAGAGUUCAGCGAGUUUUUUUUCCCAAGGGGAAGUCAAAGAAAAAACCAAAAAAGGCCACAAGUGUUGGGAAAAGAAAGAAGAAGACAGUACAGUAACAGUGUAGAUUAAGAAACGUCGAAUCUCUUCAGUGACACUGGCUGUGAUAAAUUUAGUAUUAAUUUAUUUAUUUAUUAACUUAUUGUCAACUUAUUUAAGAAUAAAACAUAUUUUCUAUA